UCAGGAGCACUUUGUAAACAACAGACCAUGUCAAACAACGAAAUUGAUACAACCAUCAAAAGGUUGGCUCAGGCCAUGAUGCCAGGUUGUAUGUUGAGUUUAAAUUAAAUACUUUUGAAAGAUUGGGCGGGCCGUAUUCAAACACUUGGCGGGCCGGAUGUGGCCCCCGGGCCGUAGUUUGCCCACCCCUGCUCUACAGUCUCGAAUAGCUGAUAUCCGCUAAGAUACUGUUUUUAAAGGCAAAAGGCUGGCAAAGUUCAUGAUGCUGACGUAAGAGGUCAUGUCCCUCAGACCUUUAAAGGGCUCCUAUUACCAGGAGGAGCCCCCAUGGGCCCCCCGUCAGGUGAUGCCGUCACCUGAUCAAGGUGUCCGGUGCUAAACAAGGAGCCAAAGCGGACUAUACUCGGACGUCGGGAAGAAAAAUAGAUAUUUUUCCUGUCCCUUUAUGUCUGCUGCUUACGUAUGCUGCUCAUGUCUUGGCCAUGAAACCUUAGCCAGAUGCCUCCUGUUUCUGGAGCAGCCCUCCUGAAGGACCGUUGGAUGCUGGGCUAAAAUUAGCAUACGGGCCCCUGUCAAAUGCAUUCUGCAGAUAUCUUGUUUUGACUUGGCCUUAUGGGGCCGGCGCUCCUUCCUGUCUGAGGUCACCAAGUAGACACCCCAAAUCACCGAGCAUCCACCAGUAUCCUCAUGGGGGCGGGGGGGGGCUUCUUUUCUAUUCUAAAAAUAGAAUCAAGAGGAAAGUUGUACUCUCACAAUGUAAUGAGGGAAAAAUAAUAGCAUUAAGUUAAAACAUGAAAUAGUUAAACAAUUGAAAAAUAAUCAGAAUUAGAAAAAAAACAGGUGUAAUAAUGCAAGAAUAAAGCCAAAAUAUUAUGGAAAUAAAGUAAUAAUAUGAUAAUAAAAAAUGUAAUUUUAUGAGAAUAAUUUAAAAAUAUGAUAAGGAAAAAUUAUAAAAUGUUUGUGGCAUAGAGUUGAAAUAUUCAAGACAAAAAAAAAUUUCGAAGUCAUAAUAUAAUCAAACAAACAAAACAAAGAAUGAAGUUGUACGUUUUUGGAAAAUUAUCUCAGCAUAUUAUGGGAAUAAAGCCAUAAUUAUGAUAUAAUAUUUACAAGGAAAUAUGAAACAGCUGGAAAAUGUAAAAAAAAAAAACAUCAAAAAUGGAAGAAAAGAGCAAAGACCAAAGUUAAUGCUAAUAAUACGCUUUUUCUGAUUGGUGUGCAAAAUAUAAAAAUGGCCGUCGCAUGCCUCCAUUUUUUUUUUUAUAUGGCCCCCCUGUGCAACACGUUUGUCCACGCCUGCUGUGGGCGCCACUCGGCCUGUCACGGUACCUUCAAAGACCUUUGUGCCAUUGACACUUGGCAUUUAUAGCUGGGUACAUACCUGUACUUUUUUUAGUCCUGAAAAAGGUACGCCCAUUUACCUUGGAGUCCAGUAGCUCAUGGCUGCGGUUGGAAUGAUGUGUUGAUGAUGUUGAUGUUCGAUGCCACCCUUUUUCGGGGAGGCUAAAAGCGAUCGUGUGCUAGUUACAGCCCAGAAAUGGCGGACAUAAACAAUUGCAUCACAGAAUAGGAAUCGGGCUGCAGCGACUUGCUGCUGCAUCUUUAAUUAGUUCCCCGCCCGGUCCUGACCAUGUGCUUCAAGAACUCCAUCAUCACCCCAGUUGCCAAUCCUGUCUUGUACAUUGUACGUGUUGUCUUCUGAGUAUGGUAACGCUGUGUAAUGGAAUGUACAGCAUCAUUGCAUCAUCGGUGUAACGCUAAUGUGUAAUCUCGCCAUCCGCCCAACUCAGGCUGCUGCUAUGUUAUCGUUCGUGGUUAUCGCUCGUAGUGUUUACUGUAUGGAAGAGGAAGGGUGGAGUGUGCUUGAGAUCAGCUUGGGAUCAGCUUGAGAUCAGCUUGGGAUCAGCUUGAGAUCAGCUUGAGAUCCCCGUACUGCAAACUGACAACCCGAGCAAAGCAUAUUGAGCUGAAGGUUCAUUUUUCCAUCCCCAAUUGUUACAAAAAAUGGCCCCCAAAGUUGCAGCACAUGUUUUUUUAAAUUUACCUUGAUGCUGAUAUUCUACUUUUUGUUGUUUGUGUUGUCGAAGAAGAAGCAUCCCAUGCUAUUAUUCCUCAUACAAUCAUCCCUCCUUUAUCCCGGUUAACUGGUCCCAGACUCGACUACAAUAAAUAAAUUUCCACGAAGUAGGAUCCAAGACUAAGAAUUGCUGAAUGAAGUAAAAUGCAAAUAUAAGGCAUCCAGAAGACGCCUUUAAAGACACGUUGUAAUACAGUACGUAGUAUUCUACAGUUGCGGUUAGUAGUCAGUAAUACAGCGAGAUAGUUUCCAUUCUAGGAGCUUCUCUACAGAAACGCAAGAAAAAAAAUGAUUUUUUUUCAAUUACAGCUGCAACAAUUAAUCACAUUGAUUAUCCAAUUAAUCAGCAGUUAAUUUGUGCUUUAGGUCAACCAAGAUAUUCGCACAACAAAACACAUUUUUACCCCUUGGUGAUGGCUACUAAAAUAACUAAACGAUUACUCGAUGAAUAAAAACAACACGAUUCAGAUUAAUCAACUUUAAGAAUAAUUAAUUAAGUUAAUUGCAGCCCUACUCCUGAUAUUAUUUGUGAGUCUGUAUGAUGUCUUAUAUAUAGCUUAUGUGUUAGUUUUUCUUAUUUUGUCUAUCAUGUUAAUGGUAAUGUGAGUGUAAAGGUGACAUAGGGGUGCUAUUUCAUGUGCAGAGGGCUCUAAUAAUGUUAAAAAAAGAUCUUUAUGAGGUCAUAAACAGGUUUCUAUGCUCUAACUGCAAACGUCUUGUAUUUAUAAAUAAGGAAUCCUACUUCGUGGAAACGUACGGUCGGUCGGGACCAAUUAAGCUCGAUAAAGGAGGGAUCACUGCACUGUGGUGCGUUAGUUUUUCAUAUUUUGUCUAUCAUGUUAAUGGUUAUGUGAGUGUAAAGGUGACAUAGGGGUGCUAUUUCAUGUGCAGAGGGCUCUAAUAAUGUUAAAAAAAAGAUCUUUAUGAGGUCAUAAACAGGUUUCUGUGUUCAAACUGCAAACGUCUUGUAUUUAUAAAUAAGGAAUCCUACUUCGUGGAAACGUACGGUCGGUCGGGACCAAUUAAGCUCGAUAAAGGAGGGAUCACUGCACUGUGGUGCGUUAGUUUUUCAUAUUUUGUCUAUCAUGUUAAUGGUUAUGUGAGUGUAAAGGUGACAUAGGGGUGCUAUUUCAUGUGCAGAGGGCUCUAAUAAUGUUAAAAAAAGAUCUUUAUGAGGUCAUAAACAGGUUUCUGUGUUCAAACUGCAAACGUCUUGUAUUUAUAAAUAAGGAAUCCUACUUCGUGGAAACGUACGGUCGGUCGGGACCAAUUAAGCUCGAUAAAGGAGGGAUCACUGCACUGUGGUGCGUUAGUUUUUCAUAUUUUGUCUAUCAUGUUAAUGGUUAUGUGAGUGUAAAGGUGACAUAGGGGUGCUAUUUCAUGUGCAGAGGGCUCUAAUAAUGUUAAAAAAAGAUCUUUAUGAGGUCAUAAACAGGUUUCUGUGUUCAAACUGCAAACGUCUUGUAUUUAUAAAUAAGGAAUCCUACUUCGUGGAAACGUACGGUCGGUCGGGACCAAUUAAGCUCGAUAAAGGAGGGAUUACUGCACUGUGGUAUCACUGACAUCCACUUAUAAUAGACACGCGCUUGCGUCAUAUUCCAGUCCUUCAUUUGCAAAGGUAAAGCAAAGGUUUGAUUUUGGGUGCCACCUGUUUAACGUCAUCCGUAUUUAAUUGUAUAAGCUCGCAUAGAUCCAGCAUGGAGUACAUGACGACCUUGAGCAUCCUGGUCACGGCGGUGUUGGCGCUGAUUGAUGCUGAGUGAAGCAUGUAGGUGGAGUGGAACCCGCGCCCUAUUGUGCAACCACGCAUCAACAACGACAUGAUACGUAUGGGCAAGGUUUCACCCCGGCCUUGUUUUGCAAGGCUGCAAGCUCCGGGCUUUGGUAACCUUAUCCCUAGCCGGCCUGGAUGCGACUCCCAUUCACCACCCUGCUAAUUCUCAGCCUUCUGGACAGCUGCUGUAUCCGUUUACCGCCGUUAGCGCUUCGCAGGGAGGCUCUUUUCAAACCGGACGGCAACAAUGGAGCCCCUCUAUCGGGGACCAUGUUACAAAAGUUCCAAAAGAGCGUCAGCCCAGUCGUUGCACCGUUUGUCCUUUUAACGUCGGGUUACAUGGGAUCACUGGAAGAUAUGCGAGCGUUUACGAGGAGAUGCUGGGUUCAAAGCCUGCGUCCUAUUGUUUGCCAAACGUCGGUACGGCAUUAGCGGCUUUAUGUCUCUUGGAACGUAGCGCACAUUUACACCUGCAUUGUUGAGCAUCCAGUCGGCCGUGCUGCGCUGCACCUGUUUCUAUUUGUGAGCGCAUGGCUCUUACCGCAUUCAUCUGCGAUAUAGCAUUUCUGGUGGGGAGGCUUUUUGUUUCCGCGGGCAUGCAGGCAGGACAUAUGACGUCCUGAAAAAGUCAGCUGCUAUUAUUGCUGUAUUGGAAUAUGCCGCAAUACAAAUGAUUUAUUUUAAGUUGGAGGGUUGAUGUAAUAAUUCUUAUUAAUGUUAUUCACAGUAUAAAAAUUGAAUUAAUAAUGAAUUUGUCUUAAGAAAAGGCUUCACCGUGAUUUAACCUGCAUAACACAAGUAGAUUGAUUUAGCCCUCGCUGGUAAUUUGGGUCCGAUUCCCAUGGAAACUAUGCGUGCAUGACUAGACCGGGUCAGCGACUUAAGUAUCUCCAGGCACGGGAACUACGGCGACUAUGAGGACCCUGGUAUGUCAAGACCACAUGGCAGUCGGGCAUAUGUUCAACAGCAACCUGCUCAAGUGAUUUGCACCUACACAUUAUUAUUAUUAUAAACCUCUGAAGACUCAGCCAUCCCUGGUCAUCUUCAUCUUCAUGUACAUGCCAGACCUGGAUUUGGCGAUCCUUCAGAGUACCGUCAUUUUGUUAAUCACGAUUAAUCCAUUCCCUCAAUGAAUUUCCGGAUUCCUGAUUCAUAAAUAGAAUAUUUUCAUAGUAAGAGCAUUAAAUUCAGCCUUCUAAAUACCGGUUUCAACAUUGUUAGAGCUCUCCAGACCUGAAAUAACACCCCUAUAGUCCCCGUUAUGCAGCUUUAUUACUUCAUGUUUCUGCACAGUACUUCCUGACAAUGUUCUGCCCCGAGGCAGAAUGUUUCCUCCUCCAUAUCCAGGAUUUCAGAGUAGCGUCAUUUUGUUAAUCACGAUUAAUCCAUUCCCUCAAUGAAUUUCCGGAUUCCUGAUUCAUAAAUAGAAUAUUUUCAUAGUAAGAGCAUUAAAUUCAGCCUUCUAAAUACCGGUUUCAACAUUGUUAGAGCUCUCCAGACCUGAAAUAACACCCCUAUAGUCCCCGUUAUGCAGCUUUAUUACUUCAUGUUUCUGCACAGUACUUCCUGACAAUGUUCUGCCCCGAGGCAGAAUGUUUCCACCUCCUGUCUGACAGCAGAGAUGGUGUCGUUGGGGUCCUAUCCAGGAUUUCAGAGUACCGUCAUUUUGUUAAUCACGAUUAAUCCGUUCCCUCUGUGAAUUUCAGGAUUCCUGAUUUAUAGACGGAAUAUUUUCAUACUUAGAGCAUUAAAAUCCCAUUUUCAGCCUUCUAAAUAUCAGUUUUAACAUUAUUAGAGCUCUCCAGACAUGAAAUAGCACCCCUAUGGUCCCCGUUAUGCUCGUGUUACCCAAUGUAGUAGACAUAAUAACAGAAAACAAGGCCCACACAUGGUGCUUUUUUACUUCCUGUUUCUGCACAGUACUUCCUGACAAUGUUCUGCCCUGAGGCAGAAUGUUUCCACCUCCAUAUCCAGGAUUUCAGAGUACCGUCAUUUUGUUAAUCACGAUUAAUCCGUUCUCUCAGUGAAUUUCAGGAUUCCUGAUUUAUAAAUGGAAUAUUUUCAUACUUAGAGCAUUAAAAUCCAUAUCAGUUUUAACAUUAUUAGAGCUCUCCAGACAUGAAAUAGCACCCCUAUAGUCCCCGUUAUGCUCGUGUUACCCAAUGUAGUAGGCAUAAUAACAGUAAACAAGGCCCACACAUGGUAGCGUUGGGAGAGUUGCUUGUCAUCGGUGCUUUUUUACUUCCUGUUUCUGCACAGUACUUCCUGUCAAUGUUCUGGCUUAGAAACAGCCCUGAGGCAGAAUGUUCCCACCUCCUGUUUGACAGCAGAGAUGGUGUCGUUGGGGUCAUAUCCAGGAUUUAUCCACAUCCGAGCCGUUAUGUGAUUGUUAGCACUGUGUGAGGAAACUGCACUUAUUAACAGAGGUCAGAGGUCAAGACAAUUUGAAUGGCUGUGGAACCGACUCGACAAUAUCAUCAACGACUUGGACUGACUUGACGUCAGUGAGUCAGGAUCUGACUUGGACUGCGGUCUGAUCCGUCAUUCCCACCAAGACGGCAAAGUUUCCCACGGAAUCUGCCUCCUUGAACGCAUCUAAUAAAGUCCAAUCAGGAACAAACAACAAGGAUGUGACUUCCACCCCCCCCCCCCCCCCCCCCAGUCCUGGAGAGUGGCGGUGAUUAACACCUUGACGUGUCAACAUACUACCCGGGAGAAUUUGAUUUGCAUUCUCAAAUUACGAGGUCACGCCAUUUUAUUUAGUAGCGCUUAACGGUGCUUAUGACUUGUAAGGAUUCGAACGUUUCCAGCCAAAUGACAUCAGACUUGAACCAACCUGCCCCGUCUUGACUUGAGACGCCACUCCAGACUUGGAAGACUUGAGACUUAGGGGAGACUUGUGAGUGUUUUGGGUCCGAGAUCCAGACAGGAUGUGCUUGUUAGGACACAUAGCGGCUGUCCAAUCGGUAUCUACGUCGCUCCAUACAUCCACGGGAGCAGACGUGUCUACACGCUAUACCUGGUUUCAAUCUGGCGGGGGUUCCACAUUCUUUUUAGACUUUGCGCCCCCAUCGACUUUAAAAAUUGUCCCUAAAACUGAACGUCUUUCUUUAUUUUUGCCUGAAAAAUGGACUUCAUCUGUGAAUUAGGAAUGGGAAUUGUCGCUUAAAAAACUGUGGAAUACUGAGAACAUGUCGCUUUCAAUGUGUGGGGGCACACUCGAAAUGGGGAUCACGGAGUUGAUGACCGCCCACACAAACCUAAAAACCAUCCGGUCUCCAUCGAGCCGACCUGCCACCGCCGUUGUAUUUGGCGGCGUUCCGUGCAUCCGAAUGUCAACUGCAACUUCUUGGUAAUUUGCACCCGAAAGAGCAGGUGUGGGGGAGGGCACCCUGAGCCUAUGUAUAGAAAGCCAAUGGAACGUGUGAGCCCCCCCCCCCCCCCCCCACUGGCAUUCAUCCAAAAGGGGGGGCCUAUGUGCGGGCCGCAGCAAACAAACAUUUUCCAGCAGUCGAGCUUUCUUCUUGAGGCCCAGGUGCUGUUUUAAGGAGCGAGCGAGGCAUAGCUCAGGGACGCCCUGGCGCACCCGCGCUUCCAUAUAAGACGUGAUGCAACCUGAGAGGGGCUCCUCCUCCGCAUGUGAAAAGUCCAAGCUGUAUUUGUUGUCGCCAUUAGCUUCUGUGUAAACGUUUUAGCGGGCAAUCAUUUAUUUACUGUAUGGCCUCAAAUACAACAUUUCAUAUUUUGACAAAUUGCAGCUUUUUUUCAGUUUUUCCGAAAUAUAUGAAUAAGUUGGGCUGUUUUGUUGUUGAAUACAGAUGACUAUAGGACAAAUAAAAUCACAUUUUAUGUAUUUGUUUGCCCGUGUUAAGCAUUUUCAAGCAUGAAAAUGGCUAAAUGAAGUGAAAUCGAAGGCAUUCAGAAGACGUAUUUAAAGACACUAUGAUGAUAUGUAGUAUUCUACACAGGUCACUAGUUCUCAGUAAUGUUACUGUAAUGUUUGUUGAGACUCACAAUCAUAUAUUGGAUAAUAAGUGUGACUAUAGGGGUGCUAUUUCAUGUCUGGAGGACUCUAAUAAUGUUAAAACCCCAUACAGAAGGUUGUUUUCUAUGCUAAAACCAUGAAAACAUUGCAUGUGGUAUAACUUAAAACGGUGGCGGAGAGAACCAGCUAACCGUGAUAAACGAGGGAUUAGUGUACUAUGAAAAGACUCACAAUCAUAUCAAGUUUCUCUUAUGUUGACUAUAUUGGAUAAUAAGUGUGACUAUAGGGGUGCUAUUUCAUGUCUGGAGGACUCCAAUAAUGUUAAAACCCCAUACAGAAGGUUGUUUUCUAUGCUAAAUAGAUAACAAUAAAGUUGAAUCUAAUCUAAUCUAAUCUAAAACCAUGAAAACAUUGCAUGUGGUAUAACUUAAAACGGUGGCGGAGAGAACCAGCUAACCGUGAUAAACGAGGGAUUAGUGUACUAUGAAAAGACUCACAAUCAUAUCAAGUUUCUCUUAUGUCGACUAUAUUGGAUAAUAAUUGUGACUAUAGGGGUGCUAUUUCAUGUCUAGAGGACUCUAAUCAUGUUAAAACCCCAUACAGAAGGUUGUAAAAGUUGUUUUCUAUGCUAAAACCAUGAAAACAUUGCUUGUGGUAUAACUUAAAACGGUGGAGGAGAGAACCAGCUAACCGUGAUAAACGAGGGAUUAGUGUACUAUGAAAAGACUCACAAUCAUAUCAAGUUUCUCUUAUGUCGACUAUAUUGGAUAAUAAAUUUGACUAUAGGGGUGCUAUUUCAUGUCUGGAGGACUCUAAUAAUGUUUAAACCCCAUACACAUAGAAGGUUGUAAAGGUUGUUUUCUAUGCUAAAACCAUGAAAACAUUGCAUGUGGUAUAACUUAAAACGGUGGAGGAGAGAACCAGCUAACCGUGAUAAACGAGGGAUUAGUGUACUAUGAAAAGACUCACAAUCAUAUCAAGUUUCUCUUAUGUCGACUAUAUUGGAUAAUAAAUGUGACUAUAGGGGUGCUAUUUCAUGUCUGGAGGACUCUAAUAAUGUUAAAACCCCAUACAGAAGGUUGUUUUCUAUGCUAAAACCAUGAAAACAUUGCAUGUGGUAUAACUUAAAACGGUGGAGGAGAGAACCAGUUAACCGUGAUAAACGAGGGAUUAGUGUACUAUAAAAUAAAAACCGACCAAUCACGGCUCUGCAGUCCAUGCCGCAGUGGACCCAAGGUUACAUUUUCUCGACGGUUCGUGUGGAGCUUUGUGGAAGAAUCCGACAGCGGUGGCGUGUGUGAGGGUGUAGCAUAAUGAAGACGAGACCACUGAUGAACAUUUGGAGACCAGUUGAAGAACUGGAAGUCAGUCAUGGCCUUCAGACCCCUGUAACAUCUACACAUGGAUGGUCCAUUCAUUGAUCACUAUGUCCAUCCCUAGUUUAUGUAUGUUGUCUUUUCGCCUGACCAUCUUCUUUGGUCCAAAGACGUACAUCAAGAAUAAAAAAGCAGUCCCAGCCGGUGUGGCCAUGCUAGGGGUGUGUCUGGGGACAGCUGGUGGGACGGCCACCACGUUACUGCAUUAUUCACACCCAAUGUUCGGGAACGUGCUGUUAUUCCAAACACACACCGUAUACUUCCUGCAGUUUAAGUCCAUAGGAACGGAGCAGGCUAGCAUUUGGCUAGCCGGGCCGUACGUGCAGCAUGCUGUGUUUGCCCUGCACGUCUUGCAGAGCGUGGCAAAAGUUCAGCGUCGCAAAUAGCUGCGAUUCUGGAAGCCAUGUGACUUCUGAGUGACAUUUAUGGGGAGCCCCCCACCACCACCCACCCCGCCAUCAGUCAUGACCACUCGGAUAACCUCCACAGGGGGUGAAUUUUACUGUCUGGUUGUGGUGCAAAGGUCAAGCACGAGGAGCACGAGAAGAGCAUGCGUGAACGCAGCGUAAAUAUUUGGGUGCACCUGAUCGGCUGGAAUAGUUUGAGCCCCAAUUUCAAUGGCGCAGUAUUGUAUUUUAUGUACUUUCAAUUCCGUCGCUGCUUGUCGCUUUCAAAAUAAAAUACUUAAAUCGAACUUAGGAAGCAAAAAUGUUUACAUGGAGGUCGUGCAGCAUCUGGCGAAGACCUGGUUUCAGAGCUAAGUAGCCUGGUGAAAAUUGGCCACAUGUGUGUGCAGCUUAGGCCCUAUAGAGCAGGGGUGGCAAAUUGCGGCCCGCGGGCCAUAUCACGUUCGCUAAACAUUUUUAUGCAUUUCCAAAUUCCUUUUUUUAAACCUUCAGCAUGGAAAGUGUAGCUAGCACAUGGCUUGCAGUGCUAUUGUGGUACGCCAAAGCAGUCAGAUGCAAUCUGUAAACAACCCAACAUGUCAACACUUAUGACGCACAAAGUAACCUAAAACAUCCAUGGCACAAAACAUUGUGUAUUCCUGCGAGGCGAGUCAAAGAGGUCCCUAGAGGGGCCAAAUGAAUAUGUAAUAAACACAAACGGGUAAUGGUGCGAUCCAAAAAGGCCUAAAUGUUGAUAACAGGUGGAUGGAUGACUAAGGAAACUGAAAAGAAUAUUCACAUUUACCAUAAAAUACCAAAUACCCAUGUGGAGCCUAACAAUACGGUAUGUUCUCCAUACCUUCAGCAAUCAUCAUGAUGGGUUUGUCUUUUUUCCCGACUCAAAGGAACCAUUUUGGCUGUCAACAUUUUUACGAGCUCGCGUUGGGUGCAGUUUCUUUGGGCACGCAGCUUCACAGUGGGUGGGGUUGGACAAGUGCUUCUCAUUUGCACGCUGGAGUCACUGAACAUUAGGCCCGAAAAUAGCCCUCCCGAAGCUAUAUAGGGGUCCUCGUGCGGCUGGCUCCGUUAGACCGCAGUUCUUUUCUGGCUGGAGACCUCCUGCGCCACACGAAAAGUUAAAAUCGAGAGAAAAAGAAGACGGCACAAGAUCAUAGACGGGGGACUAAGUAAGGCAACGAACUUGACGUCACAUGAAAGGAUAAAAGCCAAGAAAGGAGCAGAAAAAGGACAAAAAGGAUAUUUUUGGAAUUUUCUUGUCCCGUUUGAUUUCUCAUGUCCCCCCUGCUGGGCUGACGGCAUCGGGGGAGGCAGAUCCUGACCACUGCAGGGAUGAAGUACAACUACCACAUACCAGUGUCAACGUACACACGCCAUACUCAGUACACGCCAAGCUACCACACGCCUACGCAGUACGUGUCCAGUCACUACACACCUUCAUACUCGUCGGUAUCAAAGUACACCCCCGGCCAGUAUGGCGGCGCGCAUCACACCCCGUCGUACUACACGUCCUCCUACAAGUCUGCAUCGGCGUACAUCCCUUCGCGGUACAGCUCGGCGCGGCACACGCAAGCACGGGACAACCCGGCCCCCGUGGUCCCCGUCCCACCUGCGAAGAGAACUGUGCACUUUCCCAACGACAUCAUCUUCCAGGAUAUCGUCAGACGUGGAGAGCUGGAGCAAAUCGGUCGCUUCAUCCGAACCAGGAAAGUCCGUGUGGAUACGCUCUUCCACUCAGGCAUGGCGGCGCUGCACGAGGCCGUGCUGACGGGAAACCUGGAGGUGGUGAAGCUGUUGGUCAAGCACGGCGCCGACGUCCAUCAGAGGGACGAGGACGGCUGGACGCCGCUUCACAUGGCCUGCAGUGACAGCUUCCCCGAAAUAGCCAGCUAUCUCCUCUCGAUUGGAGCCAGCACGGAAGCCGAAAAUGAGAGCGGAGAGAAACCGGCAGACCUCAUUGACCCCGACUGCUCGGAGUUGUCCAAACUGUUCGAGGCUGGUUGCAUAUAAUAGGUUACGGCAUGGGCCCAGAAUGG